AUGGCGACUUUCCGCCCCCCUCGUUUCAGGCUUCCCAAGGCCCGCUCAGCCUUCCUGAAGCUGUUUCUCCUGUUCCUUGUCUGGACCAUAAUCGAGGCCCACAUAAGCCACUACCGCAUUGCACGCACCGAGCGAGAAGCUAAAGCCAAGGGCGUCCUGACCGCCCCAACACGCGUCUACAUCGCAAGCUUGCACUGGAACAACGAGAAGAUACUUCGGUCCGAGUGGAACAAGGGGGUGGUCGAGCUGGUCAAAACAUUUGGGUCCGAUAACGUUUUUGUCAGUGUAUACGAGAGCGGCAGCUGGGAUGACUCCAAGGGCGCCCUGCGCGAGCUCGACCAGGAGCUGGACAGGUUGGGCGUCCCCCGGAAGAUCAUCCUGGAUGACGAAACCCAUAAGGACCUGAUCAACGGCCCGCAGCAAGAAGAAGGGUGGAUCACCAUUCCGGAUGGUAAGAGGAUGCCUAGGAGGAUCCCCUACCUCUCCAAGUUGCGUAAUCUGUCGCUGCAGCCGCUCCGGGAGCUCGCCAUGAAACGGGAUCCAUGUUUGAACCAUGUCCUGUCCCUGACGUUCUCAAUCUCCUCAAAACCAACAACGGCGACUACGCCGCCGCCCUGCUCUCUCGACUUCAGCAAACCGCCCUCCUUCUACGACACCUUCGCCCUCCGCGACUCCCGCGGCCAGGAACACGCUUCCCAAACAUGGCCCUACUUCCGCUCCUCCAAGUCCCGCAACGCCAUGGUCAGCGCCGAGCCCGUCCGCGUCUCCAGCUGCUGGAACGGCAUCGCUUCACUCGGCAUCCGCGGCCUGCGCUUCCGCGGCAUCCCCGACUCGCUGGCCGCCCUGCACCUCGAGGCCUCCGAGUGCUGCCUGAUCCACGCCGACAACCCGGGCUCGCGCACCCGCGGCGUGUACGUCAACCCGGCCGUGCGCGUCGGCUACAACCGUCUGGCGUAUGACGCUGUUCAUAAUAAUCCUACCGGUGGGGGUGGGGGUGGGGGAAGUUGGUAUGUCGUUGACGGAGGUCUAUGUGGGCCUGUGGCGGAGUCGGUUGGCGAGCUGGUUUACUUCGUCGUGGUUUGCCGAACGGAGUGUUAG